GAGGACAAAUCACGGGACGCUCUGCAAGGACAAUUACACCUAUUAGUCCGCAUGGUUAUGAAUUUGUACAGCAAUAAAAGCAGGUCCUUUAUUUCAAAGUAUAAUGGCAAAAGAAAAACUUUCCUCACCAUAUUAUGUAUAUGGUGGACAUUGUGUGGAGGAACUGAUGCUUCAACAACCACAACUGUUGCUCCAACAACCACAACAGUUGAUCCAACCACCACAGAUGCUCCAACCACCACCACAGUUGCUCAAACAACCACAACUGUUGCUCCAACAACCACAACUGCUGCUCUAACGACCACAACUGUUGCCCCAACCACCACAGUUGCUCCAACAACCACAACUGCUGCUCCAACGACCACAACAGUUGCCCCAACAACCACAGUUGCUCCAACAAAGACAACUGUUGCUCCAACAACCACAACUGUUGCUCCAACCACCACCACAGUUGCUCAAACAACCACAAAUGCUUCUCCAACGACCACAACAGUUGCCCCAACCACCACAGUUGCUCCAACAACGACAACUGUUGCUCCAACAACCACCACGGUUGCUCCAACCACCACCACAGUUGCUCCAACAACCACAACUGUUGCUCCAACGACCACAACUGUUGCUCCAACAACCACAACUGUUACACCAACGACCACCACAGUUGCUCCAACGACCACAACUGUUGCUCCAACGACCACAACUGUUGCACCAACGACCACAACUGUUGCACUAACGACCACCACAGUUGCACCAACGACCACAACUGUUGCACUAACGACCACCACAGUUGCUCCAACAACCACAACUGCUGCUCCAAGGACUACAACAGUUGCCCCAACCACAACUGUUGCUCUCACAACCACAACUGUUGCUCCAACGACCACAACUGUAGCACCAACGACCACAACAGUUGCCCCAACCACCACACUUGCUCUCACAACCACAACAGUUGCUCAAACGACCACAACUACUGCUGCUUCAACGACCACAACCGUUGCUCCAACAACCACCACGGCUGCUUCAACCACCACCACAGUUGUUCCAACGACCACAACUGUUGCUCCAACGACCACAACUGUUGCUCCAACAACCACAACUGCUGCUCCAACGACGACAACAGUUGCCCCAACCACCACAGUUGCUCCAACCACCACCACAGUUGCUCCAACGACCACAACUGUUGCUCCAACAACCACAACUGCUGCUCCAACGACUACAACAGUUGCCCCAACCACAACUGUUGCUCCAACGACCACAACUGUUGCUCCAACAACGACAACUGUUGCUCCAACAACCACAACUGCUUCUCCAACAACCACCACAGUUGCUCCAACCACCACCACAGUUGCUCCAACCACCACCACAGUUGCUCCAACAACCACCACGGCUGCUUCAACCACCACCACAGUUGUUCCAACGACCACAACUGUUGCUCCAACGACCACAACUGUUGCUCCAACAACCACAACUGCUGCUCCAACGACGACAACAGUUGCCCCAACCACCACAGUUGCUCCAACGACUACAACUGCUGCUCCAACAACCACAACUGUUGCUCUAACGACCACUACUGUUGCUCCAACGACCACAACUGUUGCACCAACAACCACAACUGUUGCACCAACGACCACCACAGUUGCUCCAACGACCACAACUGUUGCUCCAACAACCACAACUGCUGCUCCAACGACUACAACAGUUGCCCCAACCACAACUGUUGCUCCAACGACCACAACUGUUGCUCCAACAACGACAACUGUUGCUCCAACAACCACAACUGCUGCUCCAACAACCACCACAGUUGCUCCAACCACCACCACAGUUACCACGGCUGCUCCAACCACCACCACAGUUGUUCCAACGACCACAACUGUUGCUCCAACGACCACAACUGUUGCUCCAACAACCACAACUGCUGCUCCAACGACCACAACAGUUUCCCCAACCACCACAGUUGCUCCAACAACGCCAACUGUUGCUCCAACAACCACCACGGUUGCUCCAACCACCACCACAGUUGCUCCAACGACCACAACUCUUGCUCCUACAACGACAACUGUUGCUCCAACAACCACAACUGCUGCUCCAACCACCACCACAGUUUCUCCAACCACCACCACAGUUGCUCCAACCACCACCACAGUUGCUCCAACCACCACAGUUGCUCAAACAACCACAACUGUUGCUCCAACAACUACAACUGCUGCUCCAACGACCACAACCGUUGCUCCAACAACCACCCCGGCUGCUUCAACCACCACCACAGUUGUUCCAACGACCACAACUGUUGCUCCAACGACCACAACUGUUGCUCCAACAACCACAACUGCUGCUCCAACGACUACAACAGUUGCCCCAACCACAACUGUUGCUCCAACGACCACAACUGUUGCUCCAACAACCACCACAACUGUUGCACCAACGACCACCACAGUUGCUCCAACGACCACAACUGUUGCUCCAACAACCACAACUGCUGCUCCAACGACUACAACAGUUGCCCCAACCACAACUGUUGCUCCAACGACCACAACUGUUGCUCCAACAACGACAACUGUUGCUCCAACAACCACAACUGCUGCUCCAACAACCACCACAGUUGCUCCAACCACCACCACAGUUGCUCCAACCACCACCACAGUUGCUCCAACAACCACCACGGCUGCUUCAACCACCACCACAGUUGUUCCAACGACCACAACUGUUGCUCCAACGACCACAACUGUUGCUCCAACAACCACAACUGCUGCUCCAACGACGACAACAGUUGCCCCAACCACCACAGUUGCUCCAACGACUACAACUGCUGCUCCAACAACCACAACUGUUGCUCUAACGACCACUACUGUUGCUCCAACGACCACAACUGUUGCACCAACAACCACAACUGUUGCACCAACGACCACCACAGUUGCUCCAACGACCACAACUGUUGCUCCAACAACCACAACUGCUGCUCCAACGACUACAACAGUUGCCCCAACCACAACUGUUGCUCCAACGACCACAACUGUUGCUCCAACAACGACAACUGUUGCUCCAACAACCACAACUGCUGCUCCAACAACCACCACAGUUGCUCCAACCACCACCACAGUUGCUCCAACCACCACCACAGUUGCUCCAACCACCACCACAGUUGCUCAAACAACAACAACUGUUGCUCCAACAACUACAACUGUUGCUCCAACGACCACAACAGUUGCCCCAACCACCACAGUUGCUCCAACAACGACCACUGUUGCUCCAACAACCACCACGGUUGCUCCAACCACCACCACAGUUGCUCCAACGACUACAACUGUUGCUCCAACGACCACAACUGUUGCUCUAACGACCACUACUGUUGCUCCAACAACCACAACUGUUGCUCCAACGACCACAACUGUAGCACCAAUGACCACAACAGUUCCUUCAACAACCACAACAGUUGCUCCAACGACCACAACAGUUGCCCCAACCACCACCACAGUUGCUCCAACCACCACGACAGUUGCUCCAACCACCACCACAGUUGCUCAAACUACCACAACUGUUGCUCCAACAACUACAACUGUUGCAUGA